UAUAAGUUAAAUUUAAUAGGUUGUUAUAUGGAAUCAUCAUCCUGGCCCUGGGAAGAUGAAAACAAGCCUUAUAUUAAAGCUGACUGGCGAGGCUUUAGAGCAAAACUUGUAGCUGGAGAAGGAGCAACAAGGUCCCAAGCCCAAGAGCCCCCCUCUCAUGUUGUUGAUCCAGAUAUUGCGGUGGAUUAUCCCCUACCUCUACCCAUCACAAUUGGUGAUAAAUGGGCUCACAUCAUUCAUGAGCCAGAGAAGGGUUGCUUACUCGUAGCUACUGAAAAGCUUGAUGGUGUUCAUAUUUUUGAAAAAACAGUUAUCCUAGUCUUGUCAAUGGGGGCCUUGGGCCCAUCUGGGGUCAUUCUUAAUCGGCCAUCACUUAUGUCCAUCAAGGAAACGAGAUCAACGGUGCUAGAUGUAACAGGGACAUUCUCUGGUAGGCCAUUGUUCUUUGGUGGGCCCCUAGAGGAAGAUGGUUUAUUUUUGGUGAGUACCAGUGGCAGUGAUGAUGGGGUGAGGAGGAGUGGGGUUUUUGAGGAAGUAAUGAAGGGUUUGUAUUAUGGGAGUAAGGAGAGAGUGGGGUGUGCAGCUGAAAUGGUGAAGAGGAAUGUGGUUGGGGUUGAAGACUUCAGGUUCUUUGAUGGGUAUUGUGGGUGGGAGAAAGCGCAACUAAAGGAUGAAAUAAGAGCUGGUUAUUGGACAGUUGCGGCUUGUAGUCCAAGUGUAAUAGGGUUGGCUAGUAGUGUACCUAGUGUUGGGUUGUGGGAGGAGGUUCUGGGGCUUAUGGGCCCUAGAAAAGUUUGGUGAGACUUGCCAUUAACAAUGCUUCCUUCAGAGUUCAGACCCACCCCAAAAUAGGUGGGGUUGUCUUAAAGUUUGUAUUAUAUUACUACUUACUAGGACUUCACUUCACUGGAUGGUUGUUUUUGUGAAAAAAAAAGGUCUAAUAAGUUAAGAAGGGAUGCGUGCAAUUGAGUAAAAAAGUAGCUUUUAACCUUAUUGCAUGCUGUAUACUAUGACAAUCUAUCGACCACUUAUAUGAUUUACUAUUUCCUCUGUUUUAGAGCAUCUCCAAGA